ACCCAAGAAGUUAGCGGCUAACGUUAGCAGCUUUGCUGGGAGCUGCACCUGUAUGUCUGCCCGGUGUCAGCGAGGACCAGCAGCCUCGGAGGAUGGAUGUUUUUCAAGACAACUUCUUCUACCACUCAAAUUCCAGGUUGGGAGCAGAUGGAGGCCUCGAAGAUGAGAGACAGCUUCUGGUUGAAGAGCAGAAGUUAUGCAGAGCCCGAGCUCGCAAGUUCUCCCUGGAAACCAACCGUCGAAGGAAGACUCUGGAGGAAAGACGGAAGCAGUGGGACGUGCAGGAGCAACGGCUUAGACAGAACAUCCUACAGCAACGCAGACAGCGAGUACAGGAUGCAACUGAGCGCUUCCAAAGAGCCCACCUACCUCCUUCUCAGAGAUACAGACAAUCUUUUAGAAGAAAUGUUCCCAACAUUGAAGAUGCACUCAGUCACAUUCAAGGCACCUUGAGUCCAUACACCCGGCAGACCUCUUUCUUGUCCAGCAACUCUCACAUUAGCAGGAGCUGCACUCCCUCUCCUAAGCCUCCCACAGUUUCUAAAGCCGCCCACCGCCAAGCGCUCUCUGCUGUGGAGGCCUACACUAAACUGCUUCAGGAGCAGAGCAUGACUUGCUUCAAGAAUAGUCAACAAACCGAAAAGACACAAGAGAAGCAGCAGGAUCACAGUCCACGGGACAGCCACCUGUCCGACUGCUGUAAUUCGGAAAGCCUUUCAAGUAGGGACAGUUUGGACAAUGAGGACCCCAACCACAGCACAAAGCAUCUGCAGUGCUCCUAUUCAUCAUUCAUGUUUGACUCAGAGAAGCCCCAUCCAGAGACAAGAAAGCAAAAUGAUUUGUCUCCAACAUCAGACCUAACGUCUUUCUCAGCCAUGAUGCUUCUUGGUGAUAACUUACCCCAAUCAAGAAAACUGCAUGAACCUAAGCAGAAAAGACAAGAGGACUCUGAAGGGCCAAACAAUAAGAUGCAUGCUUUCAAAGCUUCUUGGGGGUUCACAUCUGUUGAGCAAACACCUACAACAGUGACCCAGCCUGCUCUACACAACUGCAACUUAUUAACUCUUUGUGAAAUUAUGAAUGCAGACCCAGAGCCCUUUGAGGUGAACACCCCACAAAACAGUCCCAACGACAGUGUCAUUGUUACAGAUGGAGUUGCUCCCGGCAACACAGCACUUCAGUCUUCAUGUCCUAAACAAGAGGCUCUGCUGGAUCUCAGGCAGCAGAGGGUCUAUGAUGACAGGCAAUUAAAACAUCCAUCAGCUACAGAAAUUCUUUUGCCUGCCAAAAAUGGUAACAGCAAAGACAUUUUGUUUGGGGCUCCCUCAAAGCCAAAUAUUUUCUUGAACGAUAGCACAACAGAUAAUGCCUCACAAGAAGGAACUCUUCGGCAAACAGGAAAAGAAAUCCAUUAUCUGUCAUCCCAGAAAGAGGCUAGUGCUUCCAUAAACAACCUCAAUAAGGUUUCAAACUCAGAGCCCAAAACUGAGAAGCCUAUUAAUACAGCAUCAUUGCAACACGCAUGCAUGUCUUACAUUCAGUCAGACACUCUUAAGUGCCUUAAGCGUCCUGAGGAGGAAGUACAAAAAGGUGCCUCGGUGGGGACGUCCCAUUCGGUGUGUGAAGUCAGAUUCAUUAAAGGGAUCCUUAAAAAACAGUCCAAAUAUGUGUCAGGAGAUACCACAUGUAUGUAUGGCUCAGGACAUUUGAUCUUUGCAAAACAAGUAGCUUUAGCGAUCAGAGAUAGUGUUGAAUUGACUAGAGCAAAAUCUAACGAUGUGGAGGGCAACAACAGCGUAAAAAAGAAGCUACGUUGGUUUGAUGAGGUACAUGUGGAGAAAGAGGACAGAAAACAGGACAUGAUGAAAAGCAAGUCUUCCAAUCCCUGUCAGUCAAAUAACAACACAGAGGACCACCAGCAAAGUCUCAGUACAGUCUCAGGGGCUUCCAAGCCUGGACCUGGCAUGACCCCUCCAGCCUCCACUGGUUAUCACUUUACAAAGCAAGCGUGGACAGAUGUUGGGGUUCAAGUAAGCUUGCCCCAGGAACGAGCAGACGAGGUCAAGGUGCCGUGGAGCAGCACCAGGACUGGUGGCCCCAAGGUCCCUCGGAGAGAGCGCUCUGCCAAAGCUGGAGCGGGUCCUGUUUCCUCACGGACUAGAAAGGGCACUGUCAUACGACCUCAAUCUGCCACCGAGGUGAGUCAGAUUGCCAAAACCCAGGGGAAGAUCAUGGUGCCCCGCCCACCUCCAAGGAUGGAAUCGGUGGAAGAAAAGACGCUGUACAUCACCAAGGCUCCAUAUGGCAUGGAUCAUGCAAGUGUCAACUGUAAACAAGCUCUGGUUUCACAGCAGGCCCUGCACAAGGACACCUCAGAAGGCUUUUUGUCACCUUACACACAUCAUGUAAUCAGAACAGAUAGUUCUGUUAUGUACACACCACUGCCACCCUCGUAUACCUGCCCCGUCUCAGAGGGCAACACAAAGGGCACACCCAGCUUAAGUCCUCAGGAAACUCAGGCCUGCAGUAGAAGAAGAGGGAUGGUGCACAAUGAAAAGGGCCUCUGUUUAGAUUGCACCCCCACAGAUGAGGAGAUCUCACAGCUCUGGCACGGUGUCCGCACUGCUUUAGCCACCAAAGACGCAAAAAUCAAGCUUGGAAGACAGGCCCUGGAGAGUGGGCGAGUUCUGAGGAAACCCUGCGUGGAGCACAGCAGACAGCCUCCUGGCUCAGGGAACAGAAGGUUUCCUCAGCCCUCUCAGCCAACAAAACAGACCACAGAGCCAGUCAGAUCGUUCUCCAGUGCAUACGACAUGGCCUUUCCAGAUGAAGGUUUGGAGAGUGCAGCCCAGUUACACAUGGGUGAAGUGCAUGCUGAACGCGCACUGGCAGAAAGGGAUAUUGUGGCUGCAAUGGAAACAGCCCAAACACAGAGGCCUGGAACGGUGCAGCAGCGCAGCCAACUGCAGGGACUCACCACCAUUUCCUUGGAAGAGCAGAAAAUCCUCCUCUCUCUGGACAGACUCAACCACCAGCUGUUCUGUGUCCGGGAACAUGUGAAGAGUAAUACUGGCACGCGUGCCCUUGUUCUUAUUGAUGGACCCUCUACAAGGGAAGUGAAAGUCACAAAGCACCGCACAUCCUCAGCUAACAACCGGUCUCGAUACCAGAAGAAAAUCUGACCUGAAGCAUGUGUGGUCCACAGUGGUCUUCUCUCCCAUCAGUGCAUUAUUCCUGUCUUGCAUCACACUGUAUAACCACCCCCUUAAUUACCCUGUAAAAUGAGCUCAGUCUCCUUUAAAACAAAAUAUGUCCACUGGAGUGACUUAAAAAUCUAAGGCAUCAGCAUCAAUGGACUGUAGAGACACUAAACCAUAUCAGCAGAAUUAGACCAAGCUGAAUUUUUAAGUUGUCAAGAUGAAAAUACUUUGUAUUUUCGCCUUCUGCUUAGACAACAACACAUUGUCUCAAAAAAACUUUUUCAGUUCCUGCUGAGCCACUUACUAUUGAGCAGUCAAAUUGUAAGUGCCUCUGUAAAUUGUACUGACUUCAGUUUGUUUUAAUUUCACAAAUGAAUUAUAAUUGACACAUGACUAGAAUUGACUGCAAAAUAUACACUGUAAAUUUGUACAAGAUUAGUUUUUAGUUUCUAUACUGUCCUAUUCUGUAUUUAUUUUAUAUAUUAAAACUAUAAUUUUAUGGAAGCUAUUUUAAGACCAUAUUGGCGGUGAACUGAAUAAAGCUUGUCUACAUACUG